GAUGCUCGGGCGUGUACGGCUUAAAGAAAACGGCAUCAUGGAUGAGGAGCUGCCUACGCUGCUCGAGACGACGUUUCGCUACCUAGCCAAAAACCUGCAUAUCGUCUGUAAUAUUGAUCCGGUCAAGCAUCAUUAUGAGCUCAAGGAGGACAUCGUUAUCCCGAAUGAAAUAUGUGAUAGAUUUCUGCGCUACCAACAAGAUUGCGGAAAAGACAUAAAUGACCGGUUGAUUCAGAUUUUCCGGGUUCCGGAGAAAACUCCGUUGCGCAAUAUUCGCUUGCGCAACAGUACAAUCACCAAUGAGGGCAUGCGUAUACUGCUGCGACACAAGCUAAAUUCGCUGUCGAUGUGGUACUGCAACAAAAUUACCACAGCAUCCUGGAACAUCUUGAUCGAGAACUGUCGAGAGCUGCGAUCGUUGGAGCUUGGUCGAUUUGUGGAUAUGUUAAAACAUAGCGAGCCUAAUGAGAAAACACCUAUCGAUUUCCAGCUGGUUUUACCACAACUGCGUCAGCUGAUCCUGAAUGGAGUAGUUCUACAGCCCACUCUUCAAUUUAGUCAUCUUUCGGAGCUUACAUAUCUAGAUCUAACAGCUUGCAUAUUCGCCGAGUUCAGCUUGAAAGCAUUGAUCGAUCUACCAAAGCUGAAAGCAUUGAUCCUAUUUAACGUUUGGCCGCUCGAUCAUGAAUUCCCAACGAUUUGUAAAUUGAAAAAUUUAGAAACAUUAGACUUAUCCGUAUCCAGAGCAAACGUAGAUGGCAACUAUCUUACUCCUAAUAAAUUAUUAUCAAGUAUAGUGGAAAGCUUGCCGCGGUUACGACAUUUGGAUAUCUCUGGAACCAAUUUAGCUGGCGAUGGCGUCGCUAUGAGAACCAACAAUACGAUGAGCAGCUCCGAUAUACCCGGAUUAACUAGUCGCGCCGAUCGGCCAUUGGAAUUUCUGGGUCUUUAUUACACCGCACAUUCGGCCUGUAAAUGGCAUGAUAUACCAGCCCUAAGAAUUGCUGGCGAGGCAACGGAAGAUCAGAUACUGGUAGCUGCCUCGGUUUACCAGGAUCGCCACGAGCUGUUGACCAAGGUACUGAACGAUCUCUACCAUUUGCUGCGGUUUGAAACCUGCAAGCAAAUUCAUCGAGCACUCGAUGUCGUGCUGUCUGCGAUGGAUAAGCACAUUCGUGUUAAAAAUAUACAAAUCAGUGGCAGUGCCACGUUGUUUUAUAUUGUAAAAGGGCGAAACAAAAUAAAGUUUGGUGUACCUCUUAAAAACCACAUCAUUCACACACUACUGAAUGGCAUGUCCACCCAUCUAACGGACGAUACCAUGAUGCGGAAUGGAUGCCUCACGCUUUGCCAAUUUAACAUCCCUCAAGAUGUUCUGUUUGAGUACGAAAGGCUGGUCCGUAUUCUAUUGCAUGGUGUUUCCUACCGGGAGCAGGAGGGUUUCGUGCAAAGAAUAGCUAUUUAUUUAUUAAAUUCUCUCGCCUGUCAAGUCGAUGGGAGCCAGAAAAUGUUUCUGGGUGAUUUAGGUGCUAUCGCUACAAUGCUGAACCUGAUCAGUGAUCGUUUGUCGCGUAAAAUAUUCGACGACGUAAUGGAGGUGGCUUGGUCCACCAUGUGGAACGUGACCGACGAAACGGCUAAGAAUUGCGAGCGGUUCUUGGACGGUCGUGGUAUGGAAUACUUUUUGGGGUGCCUCAAGCUAUUUCCUGACAAGGAUGAUUUGCUCAGGAACAUGAUGGGCUUGUUGGGCAACGUUGCUGAAGUCAAAGACCUAAGGCCGCGUCUUAUGACGCCGGAAUUCAUAACUGAAUUUUCUGAUUUGCUCGAUUCGUCCAGCGAUGGAAUAGAGGUGAGCUACAAUGCGGCGGGCGUUUUGGCUCACAUUGCUUCGGAUGGCGAAGAUGCAUGGACCAUAACGGUUCCGACGCGAGAACGCGUCUUACAACGCAUGAUUGAAGCCAUCGAGCGGUGGGAUCUAUCGUCAGAACGUAACAUAAAUUACCGGAGCUUUGAGCCGAUACUAGGAUUGAUACGUUGUUACCAUACCCCUGCAUGUCAGCACUGGGCUGUGUGGGCUUUAGCCAAUUUAACCAAAGUUUACCCGACCAAGUACUGCCGGUUGGUCGAACGCGAACGGGGCAUCGAGUUGCUUGAGGGAUUGAUAGAACAUCCUGCGCCCUAUCCUCGGUUGAAGGAGCUGGCUCAAAUGGUAUUGGUGCACUGUCAAAACUUCAACGAUUCAACUGAUCAGAGCAAGAAGAUGGAACUGGAUGGUUAAGCAUGGGUAGCAAUUGUAAAUAAAGGAAAUAGUGUACUAUUAUUUGCUCUGGUAGCGUUCUGAAGAAGAGCAUAUUGUGACUCUGGAUAUUUUUUACUUUGUAUGAUAACGUGUGAACAAACAAGGCUGGUAUAAAGAAUAUCUGAAACUAUUUAACUGAUUCAGCAAUUCGAAGUGAGCAAAUUAUGGUAAAACUUCACAGAUUUAGCCACAUUUAGAGAUAAAAAAGCUGUUGGAGGAUAUCGCUUUAAUGGUAGAUUUAUAACACAAAUAAUCAGCAAUGGCACUUCUAGCUUAACUUUAACUUUAUCCCCUUACAAUACUGUGUAUGAUCUUAGCGAUUGCAAAUAAAUUUAAAAAGAAUUACCUAGUUAUGGAUGAAUUAAAAAUCCGAUAUCAAAUGAUGAUUACAAGAAGGUUUUUUUUUAAAUUUUCUCAUUCAAAAUGUUUUUGUUCUAUUUACAAAAUGUUUAUUCUUUAUAUAAAGUUCCAGGUUCCAGGUCUCUGGAACCACACGGAUCUGAGCAAAACAUGGUCGAUGCUGCGUUAACCAAAUCAAAAAAGUCUUAAAAAUUAUUAUGUAGAAGUAUUUGCAAAACUCAGUGAAGAAAACAAAAAAAUCAUAUCUUUGUUGUUCAAUAAGCCUUAUUUCUGGAAAAAAGCAAACGCUCACAAUCAACGCUAACUUUAUUCUGCGUUUUCUCGAAAGAAGCUAUGGCAUAUUUAAAAUCUUCUGGUUCCGACGGCCUCAGAUGAAAUUCUCCAAUUUCCUUAAAAUAAUUUUCUAGGAAACAUUGAUAAAUAAUGCUUUUUGAAAAUUUAACUCUUUUUCCGAUAUUUUUUAAAUUUUCGAAAAUUUUGUUUACUGUUGCUUUAGUAUCGGUAGUUAUAAGAUGUAGUUUUCUUAAUCCCUGAGUCGAAUACCGUUCACCCUUUUAUAUUAUUUAAAAAAAAUCUGUGUAAGUUUGCUUUAAUUUAUACUAUAAAUCCUUGUCGAUAUAACAAAUCCUAUUUUGUAAAAUAGUUAUAAAUUAUAUAAUUUGUAUGAUACAAGUUCAAUAAAAAAAAUCAAAAAUGA